CUGACGGCGGCCAGCCUGCUGGUCGCGCUGGCGGCGCUGUUCGCGGUGUUGGCGACCACGGCGCAGGUCGUAAGAGAAAGCGCCGCCGCUUCGACCUUCGCCAUCCUGGACGGGGUGGCCCAGGCCGGACUCGCGAAUCCGCCCGACGACACCGGCGCCGAGGCGCUUCGGGAGUGGUCCAUGGGCCUCGCCUCGUUCGGAGGCGGCGAUGGGCAAGAACUGACUCCUACGCAGCGAGAACGCCGUAUGACGUUGAUCGCGCGCGACGGAACCGUGCUCGCGGACUCCCACGAAAACGCCCGGACGAUGGACAACCACCGGGACCGACCGGAAAUCGUGGCGGCCUUCGCCUCCGGCUAUGGCCGCUCGCAGCGGUUCAGCGACACCCGUGGCGAGGAACUCAGCUACGUGGCAGUCCAGCUCCCGUGGAGCGAAGACACCGUGUUGCGCCUUUCGGAGCCGGCCAUCCAGCUCGAAGAAACCGUGAGCGCGAUCCUGACUCCGGUGGUCGUGGUGACGCUCCUGGCCUUCUUUGUGGCUGCUGGUCUUUCCUUCUGGUAUUCGGCCCGCUUCGGAGAGCGCGUGGCGCGGCUCUGUCGGUUCUCGGAACGGGUGGCCCGGGGUGAUUUCACCCCGGAGGACGCGCCUCUCAAGAUGGACGAGCUCGACCAGUUGCUGGCCUCCCUGAACCGGACGGCGCAGGAGCUGCAACGUAGCUUCCAGUCUCUGACCGCCGAGAAAAACCAGGGCGCCACCAUCCUGUCAAGCGUGGCCGAAGGCGUCGCGGUUUUCGACGAGGAACUCCGGAUCCAGUACGUGAACGGGGCCUUUCGCGAGGUGCUUUCCCUUCCCGGUGAGUCCUGGCGGGACUAUCGGGGGCGCGAUGCCCGGAACGUUCUCGAACAAAAACGCCUCCUGAAGAUGGUCCGAGCCGCGCUGAGGGGCAAGGCUCGCGAACGCGAGAUCUCUCUGAAAGGGAGGGAGGUUCUGGUCCGCGCGGCCCCGAUCCGUUCCUACGAGCCGGAAGUACCCAUGGCUUCCCGCCUUGAGGGGAACGGAUCUCCGGAAUCCGAGCCGGCGGGAGCCGUCCUCGUGCUCAUGGACGUGACCCAACUCCACGCGCUGGAGCGGGUACGCCGCGAUUUCGUCGCCAAUCUGUCGCACGAGAUGAGGACGCCCCUGACGGCGAUCCGCGGUUUCUCGGAAACCCUGCUGGACGCCGACCUGGACGCUCCGCCGGAGCAGAAGCGUUUCCUCGGAAUCAUCCGGCAGCAUUCCAUUCGACUGUCACACCUCACCGACGACCUGCUGCGGCUCGCCCGGAUCGAAGCAGGCAAACAGGAGACGGAAACGGUUCCCGUACAAGUGGAGGCGUUGGUCGCAUCGGUCGUGGAAUCGGCGCGAAUGAAGGCGGGGGAGCGGAAGCUGACGACCGCGGAACCCCGAGAGCCCGUGCAGGUCGAGACCGACCCAACCCUGCUCACGGAGAUCCUGCAAAACCUGGUGGACAACGCCAUCCAGUACUCCGGGGAGGACGGGCGGGUCGAGCCGGAUCUUCGAACGCUUCUACCGGGUGGACCCGGCUCGCUCGCGUGA